AUGUUCCCCACCCUCCGCACGCUCUCCGCCGCGCCCGCCUCGUCGUCGUCGGCCACGCACUACCUCAUCACCCUCGUCCGCUCUGCCCGCGGUCUGCCCCCUUCCUCGGCAGCCACUCUGGACUCGAUGGGUCUGCACCGUCUGCACCAGUCCGUCCUGCAGCCCCACGGCGCCACUGCCGCCGGCAAGAUCCUGCACAUCAAGGAGCUCGUCACCGUCCGCAACGUUACCGCCGAGGAGGGCGCCGCCUACCUUGUCCGCGGCAGGCCCGAGGGCGCCGGUGUCGUGCCCACUGGCCGCGUGUAUGGCGGUAGCAAGAAGGACACCGCUGCGUCCAUUUAA